GGAACUAAACAUCCGAUUUCAAAGCGUCUCUGUUCAUCCCAGACAUUGACAACAGCAUUGUGUACAUUACGAACGAAGUCAAUCUGUAUUUGCUCUCCACAGGACUGGAUUCAUUGAUGGCAUUGUUCUAAUUAGCGAAUUAUUCGACAGUAACAGCCACAUGUUAAGAAGUGAGGGAUGGAUAGUGUCACAUGUCUUUGUAUUGUCUUAGCUGAAAUUUUAUGUUUUGUACAAGCCCAAACCUUUGAAAUUAAGAAAGAGUUUAUUGACGGCAAUCUGACUUUUACUUGGAGGAAUGUUUCCACACGUCGUAAUGAUAUAGUGAUCACAAAGGAUGAAAGUAAGAGUGGCUGGAUACAAAUCCAUGAUGACAAGUACACAGUGGAGGAUGUAUGGAAGUACAAAUCUGUAACGAUCAAUGUACGGGAAUACACAUCAGCAGACCAUCAAUCAUAUAAAGAUUACAAUUCAACAUACACUGGUACCCCAAGGCUUGAUAUAUCUGCUAAAUUCCAGUACGUCUAUUGGUCAACAAGUGCUUCAGAUGUCAAACUGAAUGUGGUUGUACCGGUUAUCUCAAGUGCUCUGUCCGACGAUAAAACAUUUGAAUGGGUAAGACCAGCGCACACCACCAGCAUCAUCGACACAGUAGUAAAACAGCUCGACGACGUCAAAUAUAAGUACAGAAUCAUCAGCACUAUAUCUGUUACUAAUCAGAAUUGUUUUGGAAAUUACACUUUGCGAUACGAUGAACAUGAUAUCGUAACCAUCACUAUCAAUGAUAAAGAUUUCCGUGAUCCGUCCUCGAAAACAGAUUACAGAUUACAGAGUAUUGUGAUUGGUGUCUCGGUAGCUCUCUUCAUCAUCAUUGUGGUAGGAACUGUUGCAGUGAUGGCUUGCGUUCGGAGAAAGAAGUCAAACCAACAGCAACCACAACAGGAUAGAAUUUCGGCCAUCAUCACAAUCGACGACAGUUCACAGCCUGAUCAGGUGGUAGUAACAGAUAACGACAGGCCUCAGCCUGAUCAAGUACAGUACGCCGUUGUUGACAGAAAUACUUUGAUGAGGAACAGAAACCAAACUGACAAAGGGACAGAUGGUGCCACCAAGAAUAAAAACGAUGAAAAUGAUGCAACGUAUGCCAAAACGGAAGAGUCGACAUUGAUGACUAAAACAGAAAAUAAGACGAACGACGAAAAGGCAACACCUCAAGGUGACGACGAGAAGACAAAUACAAACAACGGAAACACGGAAUCCAGGACAGUGAACCAAGAAGGUUUGAUUUACAUCGACGUUGCCUUCGCAAACAAACCCGAAAGUUCCAACACGAACAAAAAAUCCGUGGUACAUGGAGAGGAAGAUAAAACAGAGUACACGUUCGUGGAUUUCUCAAAGAAAGCGUCAUCUAUACAAGAAAAACCGGAUGAUAAUAAUUCAGACUAAAUGUCUGAGUAACCAAGAAAAUGGGGAGCAUUUUCAAUGACAUUACUAUUCACACUAUGCAAUACUAAAAGAAUCAGAUAGCUUACAUGAGGAAUAUGCUUUGGUUCCAGCUGACAAAACUUGCCACAACGUUGUCUAUGUUCGUAAGGGUCAUUAUUACAACUGUUUUUUAAACGAAUUUUAAUGUCACUUUGGGUAUUCGCACUUAUACUCCGACUGCCCUCUUAAGAGGUGAAAUUCUUCAAAAUCAUGCUUCAGUUUUAGAUAUAAUUAGUAUUCCAGUCAAUGGGUCGGCUGAAUAUGGGGUACGUACCUAUACUUGAUUCCUAAACUUCAUAAAAACCCUUAGAAACAAAUACGCAUUGCUGGAUCCAGUAAAUGUUCUACCAAGCCCCUAUCUUUGCUCCUCACGAAAAUGUUAAAAGCUGUGAAAGAAAAACUUCAAACUUACUCUGCGACUACAUAUGCCAGAAGUGGUGUUAAUCAAAUGUGGAUUCUAAAAAAAAUAUAAAACAAUAGGUCGAAUCCAAACUUAUUCGGCACAUACAGUGAUAUAUUGCGUUUGAAGUAUACAUUAUGUAAUGCAUAAGUUAUUUAUCUAAUCUGACACACACGUUUGUUAUAUAAGCUGUACAUUAUGUUUCUUAUCUCAGUGUACACUAUAUAGUGUUAAUAACUUUUCUAAUUUUAGUUUACCUUAUACAGUGUGUAAAUCAUUUCUCUUAUCUCGGUAUACGCUUUAUAGAGUGUAAUUUUUCUAAUGUUAGCAUAUGCUAUAGAUUGUGAGAGUUAUUGUUCUUCCUUUGGUAUAUUCUUUAGUUUAUAUUUGUAUUUCGAAGAUGUUAAAUUACUGUAUGAUUGUGUAUAUAGUAUUACUAAUCUCUAUCAUUGAAUAUUUCCCUAUCUGGAUAUAUCAUCUUCAAUAGAUAUUCAAAGAGUCAUGAUUUAAUCUAACUUUACAGUUUCUUUUUACAGCUGAUUUUGAUAGAUGUUUUGAAAUUCUAGGCACAAAAUAUUGAAAAUGGUUCAUAAUUUAAUAUUUACAUUCACUUUUCUUUUGAAAUUGACAUUGAUUUUAUAUACGACAAGCAAUUCAUGUUUGUUACAAACUACUUCGAUCUCCUUUUUCAAAGCCAUAUGUCUGCGUAAUAAAUACCAAACACAGAGCGUUAUCAAUGUCAAAAUGUACACUGGUUCUUCUGUUUAAAGUAAGAAACGAAUCACCAAUAUGAUAUUGUCAGUACUUGAACAUAGUGUAUACAUUCUGUAGGUUACAAAAUAUAUAAAACAUAUAUAUAUCUCAUAAAA